AUGGUUGUUGCAAUGGACGGAGCCACUAUCAAAGAGAAGCUGGUGCGCACCGUUGCACCAGCCCAUCUCAUCGUCUUGGGAGUGUACCAAUUCAUCCUGACCAUCAUUGACACCGUCAUCGUCCAGCAUGAGCCUGGCCUCCUUCUGCAACUCUCCAAGCUGCGCGGCCGCGCCUUCUCUCGUUUCUGGAUGGCAUACGGCGAGUCCAUGUCCGAAGUCAUGGCUGACGAUGCUGUCGCUCUCAUGCGCUCCCUGCGCGGCACCGUCCUUGACCUUGGGCCCGGCACUGGUGAACAGCUUGUGCGCCUCACGCCGUCGCACUUGACGCGCGUCUACGGCGCCGAGCCGGCAGAGCAGUUCCACGGUAGGCUGAGGGCCAAUGCCAAGAAGGCGGGUCUUGAGGACAAGUACAAGGUGCUGCAUGCAGGUGCGCAGCCCGAGAGCCUCAUCCCGGCGCUGGCAGACGCGGGUCUUUUUCAGAAUGGGUCCGAGGGCAUCUUCGACGAGAUCUGCUGCAUCAGGGUGCUAUGCGGCGUGCCACGGCCGGAAGAGACGAUCAAGGGAUUGUACAAGCUGCUGAAGCCGGGCGGAAGGAUGGUGGUGCACGAGCACGUCGUGAAUCCUUGGCGGGAGACGGGUGGCAGCUUCGUCUCGAGGGUGUUGCAGACGGUGUACGCGUGGGCGGGAUGGCAUCUGUUUCUUGGCUGCAACAUCGACCGAGACACGAGGGCGAUGCUGCUGGAUGCUGGGGGAAAGGGCGGAUGGUCCGAGGUGGAGCUGAAGGGCUUGGAGACGUGGAGCGUGCUGCCUUACUGCACGGGCUAUCUGGUGAAGAGCGGAUAG